AUGACAACCUACGACAUCCCAACCGAGCAAUGGGCCCAAGUAGUCGAAGCCCCCGGCGGCCCCGCCGUCUACAAGAAAAUCCCCGUCCCCUCCCCUGGCCCAGAUGAGGUCCUCAUCAACGUAAAGUACUCCGGCGUCUGCCACACCGACCUCCACGCCAUGAAGGGUGACUGGCCAAUCCCCACUAAAAUCCCCCUCGUCGGCGGCCAUGAAGGCGCCGGCAUCGUCGUGAAAAAAGGCUCCCUAGUCGCCGACGACAUCAAGCUAGGCGACGCAGCAGGCAUCAAAUGGCUCAACGGCUCGUGCCUCUCCUGCUCCUUUUGCCAACAAUCUGACGAGCCCCUCUGCCAGUCUGCCCUCUUGUCGGGGUACACGGUCGACGGGUCGUUCCAGCAGUAUGCCAUCGCCAAGGCUGCGCACAUCGCGCGGAUUCCUGAGGGUGUUGAUCUUGAGGAGGUGGCUCCUGUGCUCUGCGCCGGGAUUACGGUAUACAAGGGAUUAAAGGAAUCAGGAGUGAGACCAGGCCAGUGGGUUGCUGUUGUUGGAGCGGGUGGCGGGUUGGGGAGUAUGGCGGUGCAAUACGCCAAGGCUAUGGGAGUGCAUGUUAUUGGGAUUGAUGGCGGGAAUGAAAAGGGGGAGAGUGUCAAGAAACUGGGGGGGAGUGCCUACGUUGAUUUUAUGGCGUCCAAGGAUUUGGUUGAGGAGGUCAAAGCUGCGACGCCCGAUGGGUUGGGGCCGCAUGCUGUGUUGUUGUUGGCUGUGUCGGAGAAGCCGUUCCAGCAGGCGACCGAGUAUGUCAGGAGUAGGGGGGCAGUUGUUUGCAUUGGGUUGCCUGCGGGGGCGUAUCUCAAGGCGCCUGUGUUUGAUACCGUGCUUAGGAUGAUUACUAUCAAGGGGAGCUACGUGGGCAACAGGCAGGAUACGGCCGAGGCGUUGGACUUCUUCCAGAGGGGUUUGAUCAAGGUGCCGUAUAAGACUGUUGGGUUGAGCCAGCUGGGCGAGGUGUACCAGAUGAUGGAGGAGGGCAAGAUUGUGGGGAGGUAUGUGGUUGAUACUAGCAAGUAG